CUGAACGAGGACGACAAGCCACUGGCUGUCGACAUCAAGGCCCCUGGGAUCUGGGGAAUCAAGCAUAACAUGUUCUACGUCAACUUCUCCAUCGGCGACCCACCGGUACCUCAGCUAGCUCUGAUGGACACCGGCAGCGACUUGUUGUGGGUGGAUUGCCCGCCGUGCAGUCCCUGCUCCGCCAGCUCCGGAGCAACCUAUUUUUACUCCUUCAAUUCCAAGACCUACUCUCCGUUCCCUUGCACCGAUGACUGCAAAAAAUACACAAGGGGUUGGCCAUGGUCGCCGAAGCACUGCAUGUAUAGAAUAGACUACAUGGGCGGCCACAGUUCAGAAGGAAUAUACGCCACCGAACAACUAACCUUUCAGACCUCCAACAAUGGAUUCGUGACCACCAUCCCGAAAGUCUUCUUCGGGUGUUCUAGUAAGCUGACCGGACCAGAAGGUCUCGACCCGCACGUCAACGGAAUUCUAGGACUAAUGGCUGGAGCCGGCGAUGACGAUUUUCCCGAUGGCCAGUUCCCUUUGGUUACCCGAUUGGGUACCAGCUUCUCGUAUUGCGUCGGCAGCCUGUCCGAUCGUUACUACCCUCAGAACCACUUAUCCUUCGGCCUCGCCGUCGACUUGAUCGGCGGAUCGACUCCCUUGUACCUCCAAGACGGCAGUUACUUUGUCCACCUCUCCGGCAUCAGCUUCGGUGGCAAGAUGUUGGACAUAAAAAAAGGAAGUGUUCACAGAGAUGGCGUUGAGGAAGAAGAUUGA